AUGAUGCUCCUCACCACCACUGUACUCUCCCUCACCCCCUUGGCGGCCCUCGGGGCUCCCACAGCUGAAGCUCCCAGACAGGCAGCCGCAUCCACCUGCGACCGCGACUUCCUCAAAGCCCAAGCCGCCUCCUACGUCGCCGCGCAAAAGGCCGGAACCCCUUCCCUCCUCCUCGCCAACUCUUCUGCCUCAGUCACCUACACCCAAAACUUCAAGACUGCCACCCUCACCACCGGCAUCUUGUCCACCGCUCUCCGCAUCGACCACAGCCGCAGCACCUACGACACCACCCAAUGCGCCACCUUCACCGAGCUCAUCACCACCGAGACCAACAAACAACACGUCAUCGGCACGCAACUGCGCUUCUCCCCCGACACUUUGUCCCUGUCCAAAAUUGAAACCAUAGUAACCUCAAAAGGCGACUGGCUCUUCGACCCGACCUCAACACUCAAAUACUCCUCGCAAGAAUCCUCUUCCGGACUCUGGGACGAGAUCCCCCUUGCCAAGCGCGACACCCGGGCCGUGAUCCAAGCCGCUGGCGACGCGUAUCUGGACCUGUUCAACGACAAGAAAGUGCAAGUCCCCUGGGGAAGUCCCUGCGCGAGACUGGAGGGAGGUAGUUAUAUCCAGCCGAGUUGUAACGUGGGCGUGCCGAGUGGGAUCAAGAAUGUGAAUCGACGGUAUGUGAUUGAUGAGGUGCUGGGAGCGGUGGAUGUGUUUUUUGACUUUGCGGGGGCGGAGCCGGAUAGUCAUGAGUUUAGGGUGGAGGGGGGCAAGUUGAGGUUGGUGCAUACCAUGACUGUUAUGAAGUAG